AUGCGACGUUUCAGCCUGCUGCCGCGGUCAUCAGAGAAGGCGCUGGUCCUCCUCUCCUCCCUUUCCUCAGCAAGCAGACAAGAAUGCAGGAGCAGCUGGCACCAGAGGCCGCGUGGUGAGGCCCACGUCGUGUCCCUAACGCAGGCACUGCUGCUGAAUGUGGCGAGACGGCCUCAUAUGUCCCCAGAGGCCGCGUGGCGGGAACAGAAACGCACACAAGGAUGUGACAACCGGGGUGCUCCCGAGGGCUUCCGAGAGGAGGCCCCGGCGACUGCUCUGCGGCCCGCGGCCCGGAGCCCUAAGCAGGGGCAGUCCCAGGGAGACUGUGGCAGCGGAUGGCGGAGGACAGCAGGCAGAUCCCCCCAGGGAGACUGCGGCAAAGGACGGCAGAGACAGCGGGCGGAUCCCCCCAUGACGGCCCUGUAG